AUGGAAGAGGGAAAUCACUCAGAGGCGACUGAGUUCAUUCUCUCAGGACUGACAGAUCAUCCGGAGCUCCAGGUCCCCCUGUUUGUGUUGUUCCUACUGAUUUAUGUUGUCACCAUAGUGGGGAAUGGGGGGAUGGUCUUUUUAAUAACGACUGAUCCCCGACUCCACACCCCCAUGUACUUUUUCCUCCGGGCUUUGUCUUUCUGUGAUCUCUGCUAUUCCUCUGCAAAAGGCCCUAAGAUGCUGCAGAAUUUCUUUGCUGAAAGGAAAAGCAUUUCUCACACGGCCUGCGCUGUGCAAAUGUUUUUCUCUAUCUUACUUUCAGAUAUUGAGUGUGUCUUGCUGGCUGUGAUGGCGUAUGACCGUUAUGUGGCCAUCUGUAACCCACUGCUCUAUAUGGUCACCAUGUCCCGGCAGCGUUGUGACCAGCUUGUGGCUGGGGUGUGCGCUGUGGGGUUGAUGGAUGCGUUGAUACUCACAUGUUGUACAUUCUGGCUCUCAUUUUGCCGCUCCAACAUCAUUCAUUAUUUCUAUUGUGACAUCUCCGCUUUACUGGCGCUCUCCUGCUCUGACACCCGCACCACUGAGAUUGCGUUAAUUGCUUCCAUGUGCUACACUGUAGUGAUCAGCGUUGCGACCAUCCUCCUCUCCUAUGUCUGUAUCAUCUCCACCAUCCUGCGGAUCCGCUCUGCCAAGGGCCGGUACAAAGCCUUCUCCACCUGCGCUUGUCACUUGACUACGGUGGUCAUAUUAUAUGGCACCCUCCUUUUCAUGUAUUUCCGACCCAGCUCCAGUUACUCCAUGGACAUAGACAAUAUGGCCUCAGUGUUUUACUCGCUGGUGAUCCCCAUGUUGAACCCCCUCAUCUACAGCCUGAGGAACAGGGAGGUGAAGGAUGCCUUUAGGAAAGCCAUGAAUAAACUCUUGAGCAGUUCCUGA